UCAUUCGUAGUUUAUGAAUGUAACUUUUGUAAACAACUUGUACCGAACAUGCUUAUAUUUGAUAAGAACAUUUAAUUUGUUAUUCUCAGUGAAAUUCUAAUUUAAAGAAAGUCAAAAUUCCGCGAAACAUAUAAAAAUGGACUAUCCAAGACCUUGCGGUUGCAAGGGACGUCGGACCUGUCUCGGAUGCGAGAAAGAUUUUGAUAUCAAACGAAUUGAUUACAGCAGUAUAUUCAAGGGCUGUAAAGCGUAUUCCUUCUGUCCGCAUUGUCAUAAAAUUUUCUCCGGAUGGAACACUGAUGUGGUACUAGCCGAUCACGAGCGGAAUCAUAAUGGUGAUCGAGGAGAGGAUUAUCCAGGAGUUUACAUCGAACUUGACUUCCUCAGUGCGAAGGAAGAGGAUAAUUUGAUGAAAGGUAUAGACGAAAUGCAAUGGGACAUUUCGCAAAGUGGUCGACGUAAGCAAAAUUUUGGUCCGAAGACUAACUUCAAGAAAACGAAGGUUAAAGUGGGCGGUUUUGAAGGUUUUCCAAAAUUCUCGGAAUUCGUUCAAAGAAAAUUCGAGCAGGUCCCACUAAUGCGUGGUUUCCAAACAAUCGAGCAGUGUUCGUUGGAGUAUACGCCAGAACGAGGAGCUUCCAUUGAUCCGCACAUCGAUGAUUGUUGGAUUUGGGGCGAACGGGUCGUGACUGUCAAUAUGCUGAGCGAUUCGGUUCUGACGAUGUCAGGAUAUCGCUGCAUUGACGAGAAGAAUCGUUACAAUUUGGACUUUCUGGAUAGGUAUAAAGAUAAAUUGAUUUCCGGUUUGGUGGACGAAUCAGUGCUAGAUAAGUUUCACAACCGGAUAGUCAGGAUCCCGAUGCCAAGACGAUCAUUACUUGUACUAUACGGUUCACCCCGGUAUCAGUGGGAACACGCAGUCCUUCGCGAGGAUAUUCUUGAGCGACGUGUGUGCCUAGCGUACCGUGAGUUCACACCAAUGUAUUUAGAGGGCGGCAGCGACUACAGUAAAAGUGAAGAGGUCUUCAAAUUGGCACAGAAUUUUUGGGAUCACCUGGAGGUGUCUACCGAUGGUAUAAAUUAGUCGUUAUAUUAUUCUUAUAUGUACAGAUUUAGAUUUGUUAUAAUAAAAAUUAUA